AACCAUUCCUGUCAUCCCUCCCCCAGGACAGCCACGAACCCGCCCAUACCCAUCCCGCACCCAAACCCACCACCACCUGAGUCGGGUCACCCCAGACUCUGACCACCAAUUCGAUUACCACGCCCUCCUCACAAAUCCGCCGUCAUGUUCUAUCUUCGCCAUGCCUGGCUCCUGGGGGCGCUAGCCGGCCUGGUGGCCGCCGAUGAAACCGAUUGCAACCCCAUCAACAGCACAUGCCCCGCCGACGCGGCGCUGUCCACAGAGCACACAUGGUGGUUCAACGAGACGCUAGAUGACACGCUUUGGGAUAUGCAGACGGGGGAGAUAGAGUACACGUCGGAUGGAGCAGAAUUCAGCAUCAAGACGGAAAACGCCUCCACCUUGUUGGUGUCGAACUUUUACAUCUUCUUCGGUGUCAUGGAGGCCCAUGUCAAGAUGGCCAAGGGUGCAGGUAUCAUCAGCAGCGUGAUCCUGCAAUCCGAUGACUUGGACGAGAUCGAUUGGGAAUGGGUGGGAUACAACACCAGCGAGGUGCAAUCAGACUUCUUCGGAAAGGGAAACACAACGACAAGUGAUCGUGGUGGCUACCAUGCUGUAUCAAACGCGGAUACCGAGUUCCACAACUACACUACUUACUGGGACAAGGAUCGUCUGGAGUGGUGGAUUGAUGGCGAACUGAGGCGCACUGUCAACUACUCUGAACCUCUCACCGUCUAUGGCAAGAACUACCCCCAGACGCCGUGCAGAGUCAAGGUCAGCAACUGGCCUGUGGGUAUUGCGUCGCAGUCGAUAGGAAACAUUGAAUGGGGUGGUGGUUUGGUCAACUGGACCGACGUCCCCUUUACUAUGACGGUGCAGAAGAUCCGUGUCCAGGACUUCUCCUCGGGCAAGGAGUACAAAUACAUCGGUCACAAUGGCUCUUACGAGAGUAUUGAGAUUGUUAGUGGAAACUCCACUGCCGCCAAAGAAAUCUCGAAGAAACCCGCCGAGACGCUUGCCCAGAAAUGGGACAAACUGGGCACAGCAGCCCACAUUGGCGUUUACUGCGGUGCCGCUGCCUUCGCUGCUCUCUGUAUCGCCGGCUUUGUACUUUACUUCCUGCGCCAGCGCCGCCAAGGUCGUCUCGAGCGCGCUCUUGGUGAAGGUCAGGGUACUGCCGCGGACCCGACCGAGAUGGAAACGUACAAAAAACAAUGGAGACAGAGCGACUGGACGAAUCGUCGUGGUUACCAAGCAGUGGGACAAUAG